AUGUCGCACCCCGACGCCUCACGGGGUCCUUCGUCGGCUGGCGGCUUUAGCGAACUGGUAGAUUCGCUGGCUCCAACAGGCGUCUGCGUGCGAGAGACAACGAUCAGCGGAGAGACAUACGUGGUGAACAUGGCAACGGGAGAGAAGAUCAUUCCAGGCUCCCGCCGACCAGACGGGAGUCUCAGGAAGCCAAUCAAAGUCCGCGCGGGUUAUACUCCUGCGGAAGAACGAAGAGCCUUCAGAACCCGGCAACAAAUCUCGCGAGACGAGCACCGCGUGCAUGUAGGAGGCGGGAUUCCCGGGCUGACACCAGAAGCAGACUCCACCACUACCAACAACAAAACUACCACCAGCAGACGCAAAAAGAAGGAUAGCACUGCUCCAAACUGCUCGAAGGCUUUGGAAACCCAGGACAAGCUUUGCAGCCAGAUCGAAGCUAUGUCUCUCCACGAAAGCAACGAAGCGAACAAAACCGCCGACCCCGUAAAACGGUUGCGAAACGUGAGGAAAAAAAUUAAUGAAAUAAUCGAGCUGGAAAAGAAAUGCGCAGAGGGCCAAACGCCAACCCCGGAACAAAUGCAAAAAAUCCACAGAAAGAAGGAUUUGCUCGCCGAGGCUGCCGAGCUCGAACAGGCCCUGGUGAACGAAUCCAAGUGA